AUGACUCAUGUGUGUCGCAGCUAUUGUGAGUACUGUGUGCAGAGCUACCAGCACCGUGAACAGGUUCCUCGCUGUACCGGUAAGGCUGGCCACGAAGGAACGUGCGACUGCGGAAAGGGAGACCACACUUGCGGGUUUGUAUGCAGUCUCGCGGAUGCUUCGAACUGCGAAAUUGUUUGCGUGCAGAUGGCGGGGCAUGACGGAAAUCAUCGCUGCUCCGUCAAGCAGCACAUUUGCGGUAUUUUGUGCAGUGCGCCAAAUUGUGAAGGGGUGUGCGUGUUGAACGGAGAGCGGCUUCACACUGUGCACAAGUGUGUGGAGACGCAGUGCGCCUAUGCGUGCGAGAUGGGAAGCUGUGAGGAGCGUUGCGAUUCCGCAAACCAUUUUCAUGGAAAUCCUGGAUUAAGUGCAACACUUGCCCAAGAACAAGGAGGCUUGCUUGGGUAUUACACGGGCAGCAGUGAAAAUGCGCGGCAUAUGUGUGCUUCAAGCCACGUAUGCAGUAAAGUUUGUGAGGCGAAUGGCAUAUGCAGCAAAAGCGUCCGAGUC